UGUCCAUCAUUUUCAGUGAAGGAUGCCUACCUACACGACUACAACGACAAGAGUCACGCGUACCACUACCGGAAAUUACUAUGGACCAAUGGCCGAGAUCUCAAUGAACUCCCGCUACCUUAGCACCAACCGUGGAAUUAUUAAGAUCCUUCAGAUCGUCGCUGGAUUCAUCAUCUGCUCACUGCUAUGCGCUCAAUGGUAUGGUGGUAGAUCAUGCUUUGGUGAAGGACGUCUUGGAUUCUGCUCGGGACUUAACUUCAUCUGCGUUGUUAUCAACAUCGUUCUUCUUGUUCUCAACUUCUUGAACAUCGGAGCAUGGGGCUUGGAGCGAAUCUACUCGAUCGUAUGCACCGUGCUCUUCCUCAUCGCUUCUGCUCUCAUCAUAUGGUUCAUUAUUGAAUACAACACUUCGCGCUCGACGCUCAUUGCCGCUGCGGUCCUCAUCGUUUGUCAAUUCUUCCUGUUCAUGUGGGACACGAAGAUCCUCCAGGGCGAAUCACCAAACUAAAAUCCAUUCUCUUUUCCCUGAACGACAUCAUCUUCCAUUUGUCAUAUAGAUAGCGUGUGCGUCAUUGUUGCUUAACCUCUAUGAAUGCAUUGGAAAGAAUCCCUUCCCUUUUUUUCUUUUCUUCGAAAUUCGCAUUGUUGCAUUGUAUGAUUUGUAAAAUUGUGUAUAGUACCACUGUAUACGACUUCCCUGUCUAUAACGUUUCGUAUUAUUUCUGA